AAAUACAAUUAUUUUAUUCGCUGAAGAAUUUAAAGAUUAUAGUUUACACGUUUACGUAUCUGGGUAUAUCUUUGUUAUCUUUGAUAAGAAAAAUUAAACUAUACAUUAUUGAUUCGUGUACUGUAAGUAAAGUGAAUACAAUCAUUUAAUGUUGUAUUAAGCCAAGAAUCUAUAAACGUAAACUGUAUAGUUCUUAUAUUGAUUUAUCGGUAUGCCUGCAUAUCAUUCGAGCUUCGUUGAAAACAAUGGAAAUAUUGGUAAUAUGGCACUUCUGCCAAUUAGAACACAUUUUAGAGGUCCGGCACCGCCUUUUAAUAAUAAAGAUUUAGAUAUAAUUGAUGAAGCAUUAUAUUUUUUCAAAGCAAAUGUGUUUUUUAGAACAUAUGAAAUUAAGAGCGAGGCUGACAGAGUUUUGAUUUAUAUUACAUUAUACAUAACAGAGUGUUUGAAAAGAUUACAGAAAUGUGCAACUCAAACUCAAGCCACAAAUGAAAUGUAUUAUCUUGCUAUUUCAAAAUUUGAUAUUCCGGGUGAUCCUGGCUUUCCGCUGAAUUCAGUAUAUGCAAAACCAAGUAAUCCUUUAGAAGCAGAUACUAUGAGGCAAUAUUUGCAACAAAUAAGACAAGAGACAGGCACUAGACUUGUAGAGAAGGUAUAUGGUGAAGAUGGUAAACCAAGCAAAUGGUGGUUAUGUUUUGCGAAGAAAAAGUUUAUGGAUAAAUCAUUAUCUGGUCCAGGACAGUAAAGUAUAUUUUUUAAU